UGACGUCCACACCGUGCGUCGGCUACUAGGUUAACCGCGGCUGGGGGGCGCGCACGUGGGCGGCUGUCCGCAUGGAGGCGGCAGCGGCGGGAUGUCGCGGCCCGGGGCUGGCGCUCUGCGGAGCUCUCAUGGCUGCCAGCGGCGGGAGCCGCUUCCUAGCAGCUCGCUACCAGGAGCCCAGUGUUGAUGAUCUCUUCGUGUAUGACUGCAUCACUGCAGGCAAGAAAUCUCAAGAAGACAGAGGACAGGAUGGACAGCCAGCAAUUAAAGCAAGCGAUGAUAUUCUUGCUUUUGCCUUCUCCUCAUCAGGAGGCUAUUUUGCUUUGACUGAUGACAACAAACGUCUGGUUCUUUUUCGUACUAAGCCUUGCUGGGAAUGCCUUAGUGUCAGGUCUGUUGUUAGAAGAUGCACUUCUCUGAUUAUUGCAGCUGCAGAGGAUAAGAUUCUGGUUGCAGACAAGUCUGGUGAUGUCUAUUCUUAUUCAAUAACAGAACCACAAAAAGCAGGAAAGAUUGAGCUUGGGCACUUGUCCCUGCUCUUGGAUGUGGCGCUGAGUCCUGAUGACCAGUAUAUCCUAACUGCGGACAGAGAUGAGAAGAUUCGAGUCAGUUUGACUAGAGCGCCAUAUAACAUCAUAUCUUUCUGUCUUGGGCACAGAGAUUGUAUCUUUAAUGAACAUAAGAGUUUUGAUGUUCAAGAAAGACAUUGCCUGUUUGUAAGCAGAAUAUUUGUAAUACCAAACUAUCCAGAUCUUAUGCUAUCAGCUUCUGGGGAUUGUACUCUGAGGCUUUGGGAAUACAAAAGUGGAAAAGAAGUGCACUGCUGUCAUCUAAACAGUUUGAGUAAGACUGAGGCAACCAAAAAUGACAAGAAAUACGCCGUGUCGAGAAUAGCCUAUUGUUGUCAAGGAAAUUACAUUGCCAUUUUAUGUGACUGUAUUCCCACAGUUUACAUCUUCCAGUUUGAUGCUGCUACCCAGCUGUUAAAUUACAGACACCAAAUCUCUUUGAAGCAUAAAGGCUGGGACAUUGCAUUUGAGGAAACAGGUGGGCUCUGGAUACUGCAGGAAGACAAAGAAGCAUCACUUCUACUCUACAGGCCUGUGGAUGGACAUUGGCAGCCUGUCGCUGAUGACAAAGGAUUAAUGAAAAUGUCGAAAUACCUGCACGACAACUGGACAAUGUUCGAAGGUUCUGUUGGGACAGAAAGUUGCUACAGCAGUCUUUACAAGGCCUCAUUUGACAACAUGGCUAUCUAUUUACAAAAGAAAGAGGAAAGACUACAGCAGCAGCAGAAGAAAAGAAAAGAGCUGCAGCAUGGAUCUAAUAAACAAACUAAAAAGAUAAGAACAGGAGAAUCAUCCUAACCAUUAACUGCACCAUUUGCUUGUAACUUCUACAACACUGAAAGAAACCGAUCUAGGCCCUGAACUUUUUUUUUAAGCAAACUGAAUGACUGACAAACAUCAGCAUUCAGUUUGCAUGUCAGAUAGGGAACAGCUCUAAUGAAUCAGGUUAAUUUUCUUGUAAUGACAAUAUCCUGCUUGCAACAGAUAUUGUAUACUGUAUAUAUUGUUCCUUGCCAUUUGUUCUAUCCCAGCAGUUGGAAACCUUAGUGCUGGUAAUGCAGUUUUAGUAAUCUGAAGCACGGUAUCUUCAUAUUGAGAUAGUGCUUUACUUGGAGAAAAGGAUUUCUCUUAUCUACUGGACUCCACAUAUAAUCUACUUUGGGGCUGGUUUCCAAAAGAAGAAAGUGUGCUAAUUAGAAGUUGACACCAAGUAUUUUAGUUUUUGUUUUAGACAGUUCAUUUAAUAUGGCAGCCUAUAAAAGGAUGAUCAUGAAAAAUUAGUCUCUUGAAAAUUUUUUUAAAAUACAAUAUAUAAGGCUGUAACUGGCAGGCCUUUGUCAAUUUAUUUUUAUGCUUAAACUACAGAUUUUGUUAUGAAUUCUGUGUUAGUACUUAAUCCAGCACUAUUUACUCAGAGCAGUGUGGGACUAGAUUUUACAUACUGUAAAGCAGCAAAAGGUGUCAACCAAACCCCAAUGCCAUGGGAAGAAGACUGGUUUGCUGCAUUCUGACUUUUCAUCUUAUCUGUAGAAAUGGUUUCAGAGGACCCAGUGCAAUACUAUCUUGUGUGUUCCGCUUUUUGCGACAGAAGUGUCAAUUGACGCUAGCUAAGAAAUAAAAAUCUUGACUAACAGUUGAGAGAA